AUGCGUAAUGAGAAUGAUAGACUCAAAACUCAACUCAAACAAUUCGAAGUUAAACUUAAGGAAAAAUCCAAGUAUGAUCGAUUAGCUACUGACAUUAAAGUUAAUAAUGGAGAAAUCGGUAAAUUUCAAAAAAGACCUAACGAGUUAGAAGAAAUUAGGCAAAUUCAUAAAAAAAAUGAAGAAUAUGUUAAGGAGAUAAAUAAACUUAACAAUUUAUUGCAAAAAGGUGAAGAAGAAAAACAGGAACUUAUAGAAAAUAAUAUAAAUCUUAAAAAAGAAGCAUCUCAAUACCAGUCCGAGCUGGGUACUAUUACAAAUUAUCGAAUGGACGAUGACGAUAAGAAUCAUUCUGUUCAACUUAAAAAGGAUAUUGAAAAAUUACAAAAUAAGUUAAUAAAUUACGUCACAACAUUAAAAGGAGAUUGUGAGAUCGAUUUCAAUGCAGUUAAUGGUCUUAUGGAAAG